AUGGUCGAAAGCGAAAACGCGCUCAUGGAAUCAAUCAAGAAAAAAGGCGACAAGUCUUAUUACUACGCCCACGCUCCUAGAAACAUUGAUAUUCCUGAAGAAGUAUUUUAUUUAUUAUAGGGUUCAGUUUUCCUGGUGAGAUCUUAUACAGCUACAUCAGGUAAGCAAUGGGAGUGCACAACCUCUUGGCCUGAUCCUUGGAUGCUUGGUGGGCACAGAGUUUUACUGCUUAACACUCCCGAGGAGGGAGACCCAUAGGUGGUACAUGCGCUGGAGUCAAGUUUUGAGCGAGGCAAUGCAGCCCGUGAGAUCUGGCAGCCAGUUGACCGUCGAUUCGAUAAAAAGGGUGAAUCCGGAAAUGCCCAGUGACGUCACCAAUUGGUGUCUACUGGGGUGAGCCCUUGUGGCUUUGUUAAAUCACCCUGCGGAGCUGGAGAAAUUUGUUAAAUACUCAAUUAAUGUUAAUGUUAAUGAUAUUCCUGAAGAAGCCAAAGUUUUAGAAGGUGUAGGCAUUGUGACUGGCGGCCCUCCAGUUUUGAUCACAAAAGAUGCUCCUGCAGAGGCAGCACGACAAGUCACCCCUCAAAUUGUAAACAUAAGAAACUACUCCUGGGCUGAAGAUGAUGACAAAGUGACACUUUACAUAAAUUUUGAAGAAGAAGUAAAGGCAGAGCUGAUUUCCUGUACAUUCAACACAAAAGAAUUUGCCUUGACCUACGAUUUCUCAGAAGCAGAAACCAGGAAGCUGAUUUUGAAAAACCUGACCCACAAUAUUGAUCCAAGCCAAAGCAACUACAAAAUCAGGAAAAGCCGAAUCACAGUAAAUUUGAAGAAAACGGAGAUAGAGAAAUGGUAUAAAUUAACAGAGAGUUAG